AUGAUGUUGAGCUUGACUGUGGUUCUGCUGGUGACAUGGACCUUGGGGGGAGCCCAGGAGAGCAUCUCCUGGGAGGUCCAGCGCUAUGACGGCUGGUACAACAACCUCCUGCACCACAGCCGUGGCUCGGCAGGUGCCAGGCUGCUGCGUCUCCUGCCGGCCAACUACGCGGAUGGAGUCUACCAGGCACUGCAGGAGCCCCACGUGCCCAACGCGCGCCAGCUCAGCAACGCAGUGGCACGGGGACCCUCCGGGCUGCCCUCCCGCAGGAACACAACCGUGCUGGCCGUCUUCUUCGGUUUCCAUGUGCUCUCGGACAUCCUAGGGACAGAGAAACCCGGCUGUCCUGCUGAGUUCCUGAACAUUCACAUCUCGCCUGGAGACCUUGUGUUUGACCCUGCAGGCACUGGAGAUGUGGUCCUGCCCUUCCAGCGCAUCCAUUGGGCAUCGGAGACAGGGCAGAGCCCCAACAGCCCCCGUGAGCAGACCAACGAGGUGACGGGCUGGCUGGACGGCAGCUCCAUCUACGGCCCCUCGCACUCCUGGAGCGAUGCCCUGAGGAGCUUCUCGGGGGGACAGCUGGCACCGGGGCCCAGCGGGCGCCUUCCGAAGGAGACGGACGGGAGGGUCCCCAUGUGGAAGGCACUGGAUCCAUCCACGGAACAGGGUGGUACCCGCGGCAUCUAUGACCUGGGGAGUGCCUGGGGGAACGAGAAUCGCUUCCUGCAGGCUGAGAGCAUCGCUUGGUUUCGGUACCAUAACCACCUGGCUGCAGCGCUGGCCCGGGUACACCCCACCUGGUCUGAUGAGGACCUCUUCCAGCAUGCGCGCAAGCGGGUCAUUGCCACCUUCCAGAGCAUAGUGCUGUACGAGUGGCUGCCCACCCUGCUGGGGAGACCUGUCCCAGAGUACAAAGGUUACCAGCAGCACCUGGACCCCAAAGAGUUUGUGGUGGCUGCAGAGCAAUUCCUGGCCACCAUGGUGCCACCGGGCGUCUACAAGAGAGGCCCCAGGUGCCAGUUCCAGCAAGUGCCCGGUCCUGGUGGCUCAUUCCCAGCCGUGCGGCUCUGCAACAGCUACUGGAGCAGAGAGAGCCCCGGGCUGCAGCAGGCAGAGGAUGUGGACAAACUCCUGCUGGGGAUGAGCUCACAGAUUGCAGAGCGGGAGGACAACAUUGUGGUGGAAGAUCUCCAAGAUUACUGGUACGGGCCCCUGAAGUACUCCCGCACCGACUAUGUGGCCAGCUGGCUCCAGCGCGGACGAGAUCUUGGCCUGCCCACCUACAACCAAGCCCGGGAACGAUUUGGGUUGGAACCUCUCCAGAACUGGUCAGACUUUGCCCCACACCUGGAGCAACAGGUCCUGGAGAAGGUCGCUGCUCUGUAUGGCAACAACACGGCUGGGCUGGAGCUGCUCCCCGGAGGCAUGCUGGAGGCUGACGGCUCCCUCUUCAGUGCCAUCAUCCUGGACCAGUUUGUGCGCCUGCGUGAUGGCGACAGAUUUUGGUUUGAAAACACCAAGAAUGGGCUGUUCACAGUGGAGGAAACCAGGGAGAUCCGUAACACCACCUUCCGUGAUGUCCUGGCUGCCGUCACCCAUGCGAACCUCACAGACCUUCAGCCCCACGUGUUCAUCUGGAGUGAGGGGGACCCAUGCCCCCAGCCCCAGCAGCUGAUGGCUCAACACCUGGCCAACUGCACACCCAUGACCGUGCUGGACUACUUCGAAGGCAGCGGGGCAGGCUUUGGGAUCAUCAUUGUUGUCCUCUGCUGUCUGCCUUUAGUGACUCUGUUUGUUGCCUGGAUUGUUGCCGUUCUCCGCAAGAGAGACUUCAAGAAGCUGCAGAAGAAGCAGAGCUCCAGUGUGCGGAGGGAGGUGACCAGCGAGGCGAUACAGGCCAUGGAGUGGCACGGUCCCAAGACAGACAGCUCUCCUGUCUACAUCCAGCUCCAAACUGACAAAGUGCUCAAAGUGCUGGAUGGGAGAGGGUCUGUGCUCCGGAGCAUCAGCCUGAAAGCCCAUCAAAAGGUGGAGGUGAUCCUCUCCAGCAACAAAGGGAACAAAGCUCUGCUCCUGAAGAGCCCCAAGGAGUAUGACCUGGUGCUGCUUUUCAGCGACCAGGCAGAGAGGAGCAACUUCAUUGGGAAGCUACAAGGCUACCUGGAGGAGAGCGGCCUGGAUCUGCAUAUGUCUGAGAUGAAAGAGCAGAGCCUGAUGAAACGGGCAGUCACCCAGGAGCAGAGGAAACAAAUUCUGGAGACUUUCUUCAGGCACCUGUUUGCUCAGGUGCUUGAAAUCGACAAGUCCGAUGCUGGAGAGCUGAACUUUGAAACUUCACAGAAGGCAAAGGAGUCUCUGACAUGUGAGCUGAGCAGGGCUGAGUUCGCCGAAGCCCUGGGACUCAAAGCACACUCAAUGUUUGUGGACUCCAUGUUCUCCCUGGCUGACAAAGAUGGCAAUGGCUACAUCUCCUUCCGGGAGUUCCUGGACAUCUUGGUGGUCUUCAUGAAAGGGUCCCCAGAGGAGAAGUCCAAGGUGAUGUUCAGAAUGUAUGACAUUGAUGAGAAUGGGUUCCUCUCCAAGGAGGAGUUUCUGAGGAUGCUCAGGUCCUUCAUCGAGAUCUCCAACAACUGCCUGUCAAGGGACCAGGCAGAGCAGGUGACCGAGUCCAUGUUUUGGGCCUCAGGGUUUCAGGACAGGGAUGAGCUGACGUGGGAGGAUUUCCACUACAUGCUGCGUGACCAUGACAGCGAACUCCGUCUCACCCAGCUCUGCAUCAAAGGUAUUCCUGAGGUGCUCAAGCAAAACCUGCACAACCGCGUCUCCUUCAUAAAAAAGAAAGAGCCGAAAGGAACCAUCUCAGAGGAGGAGAAAGACCCAAACCUGGACACCAUGAGCCACUAUGUGGAGCGUGAAGGGCAAGAGUUGAGGAAGAGACCAGGCAGAAAGGUGAAUCAGUACCAGCUGCACUUGUACACUGAAGCACAACGGAAGAAGUACGAGCGCAACAAAGUUCAGCAAAAGAUCCAGGAGUUCAAGCGCUUCGUUGAGAAUUACCGGCGCCAUAUCGUCUGUGUGGUCCUCUUCUCUGCUGUCACCGCUGGCGUGUUCGUGGAGAGAGCCUACUACUAUGCCUUCGCAUCCCCCAGCACUGGAAUUGCACAGACCACCUUUGUGGGGAUCAUUAUCUCUCGGGGAUCAGCUGCCUGCAUCUCCUUCAUGUACUCCUACAUCCUGCUUACCAUGUGCCGCAACCUCAUCACCGUCCUGCGGGAGACCUUCCUCAAUCACUACAUCCCCUUCGAUGCUGCUGUGGACUUCCACCGCUGGAUUGCCAUGGCAGCCUUGAUUUUCUCAGUGCUCCACACUGCAGGUCACAUAGUGAACGUCUACAUCUUCUCAGUCACACCUCUCAGCGUGUUGUCCUGCCUCUUCUCCAGUGUCUUUACAGAUGAUGGGUCACAGCUCCCACAGAAGUAUUACUGGUGGUUCUUCCAGACUAUCCCAGGCAUGACGGGAGUGCUGCUGCUUGUGAUCCUGGCCAUGAUGUACGUGUUUGCCACCCAUCACUUCCGACGCAUCAGCUUCCAGGGCUUCUGGAUCUCCCACCACCUCUAUGUGCUGCUUUACAUCCUGGUCAUCAUCCACGGCAGCUACGCACUGAUCCAGCAGCCCCGCUUCCACAUCUACUUCAUCAUCCCGGCUCUCAUCUACAGUGCGGACAAGCUGCUCAGCCUGAGCAGGAAGAAGGUGGAGAUCAGCGUGGUGAAAGCUGAGCUCCUGCCCUCAGAUGUCACCCACCUCCGGUUCCAGCGGCCUCAGGACUUUGACUACAAGUCCGGGCAGUGGGUGCGCAUCGCCUGCGUGGCCCUGGGCACCACUGAGUACCACCCCUUCACCCUGACCUCGGCGCCGCACGAGGACACACUGAGCCUGCACAUCCGGGCUGUGGGGCCCUGGACCACCCGCCUGCGGGAGAUCUACUCCCCAGAGAGCCUGGCCCUCAUCGGCAAGCUGCCCAAGCUCUAUCUGGAUGGGCCCUUCGGGGAGGGCCACCAGGAGUGGAACAAGUUCGAGGUGUCGGUGCUGGUGGGAGGAGGCAUCGGGGUGACGCCCUUCGCAUCCAUCCUCAAGGACCUGGUCUUCAAGUCAUCCAUAAGCUCCAAGCUGCUGUGUAAGAAGAUCUACUUCAUCUGGGUGACACGUACACAGCGGCAGUUUGAGUGGCUGGCAGACAUCAUCCGCGAGGUGGAGGAGGCAGACAGGAACGACCUGGUCUCCGUGCACAUCUACAUCACGCAGCUGGCCGAGAAGUUCGAUCUGCGCACCACCAUGCUGUACAUCUGCGAGCGGCACUUCCAGAAGGUGCUGAACAAGAGCCUGUUCACAGGGCUGCGCUCCAUCACCCACUUUGGGCGCCCUCCCUUCGUACCCUUCUUCAACUCGCUGCAGGAGGUGCACCCCGAGGUGCAGAAGAUCGGGGUGUUCAGCUGUGGCCCACCUGGGAUGACGAAGAGCGUGGAAAAGGCUUGUCGGCAGCUGAACAGGAAGGACCAGACCUACUUUGCACAUCACUAUGAGAAUUUCUGA